AAAAAAAGGCCGGGUCGAGACGAGAAAUUGGGGGAAGGCCACCAGCGCCGUUCCGAUUCACCUCAAGCGUCGUUGUGCCCUACGAGAACGCCAGAAGACUUCGCCGGCGGCCGGCGUCCUGCGUCCGGUGAUGAGAGCGAUGGAGGACGGCACGGCCCCUCGCGAGCGACCUCCUGCUCAACAUCGCCCUUUGUUGGAUCACCGGAAGCGGAAGCACCAAGCCGAAGGCGGCCGCAGCGACCCUGCCCACAAUGCCAAGCGGCGGCGAACUGGCGGCCGUCCCGACGAUGGGGCUCGCCAAUGGGUCUUCUCCCCUCGAGACUUAUCCUCUUUCAAGGAGAGAAUGUUUAAGUUGGGACUUGCGGAAAAGGCGAAUGCAUAAGGAAUUAAGAUCAUAUAACCCAAGCAUUUUGUGCUUCCAGGAGGUUGACAAAUUUGAUGAUUUGGCUGAUCUUUUUCGCGAGGAUGGCUAUACUGGUAUCUAUAAGCAAAGAACUGGGGAAGCAACUGAUGGUUGUGCUAUUUUUUGGAAGGAGAAAGAAUUUACUCUUUUGUACCAAGAAGACAUAGAAUUCCAAAAGUUUGGUCUUCGGAACAAUGUCGCACAACUUUGCCUUUUAAAGGUAUCUCUCAAUCAAUCAAAUGAUCAGGUGGAUAAAGAUGCAGGUUCUGAAAUUGAGCCAGUGUCUUGUCGGACUUUACUUGUUGGCAACAUCCAUGUCUUAUUCAAUCCAAAUCGUGGUGAUAUCAAGUUGGGACAGAUGCGGGUGUUACUAGAGAGAGCAAAUACAUUGUCAAAACAGUAUGGCAACACUCCUGUUGUAAUUUCUGGUGACUUGAAUAGCACGCCAAAGAGUGCAAUAUGCCAGUUCUUAACUUCGAAUGAGCUCGACAUUCUUCAAUAUGAUCGGAAGAAUAUCUCUGGACAAAUUGAAUAUCCAGUAAGACAGAUGACCUAUGCUAUUCAGCAUGAUCGAUUCAGGUGCAUGGCAAGUCAGCAGAAGUUUAGAUGGAGUGAAGAAGAAGUCUGCCUUGCAUCUGGAAGGAGAGGAUGCACGCGUUUGCAGAACCCGCUAACCCUUUCCAGUGCAUAUCGAGGGGUUCCUGGUAAUCUCCACACAAGAGAUGAAAAUGGCGAACCUUUGGCUACUUCUUGUCACUCCAAGUUCAUGGGAACUGUUGACUACAUCUGGCAUUCUUCUGCACUAGUUCCUGUUGGGGUGGUUGAUACCUUAACAAUCAAAGUUUUACGAAGACUGAGAGGUCUUCCUAGUAAGAAAUGGGGUAGUGAUCAUCUUGCUUUGGUGUGUAAAUUUGCUUUCAUCGAUGAUGAGGCCAACGCUGCUAGUACUAUGGACAAUCAUUAGCUUAAGAUUGAUUGGUAAAAUAUUUUUUAUAAUGUUCUAUUUUUUUAUUUCUAUAUAGAUGUCAUGGCCAUUGUAAUCUUGCUUAUACUAUAUUUGCAGGUGCACUUGAGACUUGCUGGCUUCUCAUUUUCACAGUGUUGGCUGUCGUUGAGUCAGGGGUGGGGUGAUGUUGUACCAGGAUGGGAGUGGAAAUGACGAAAGGAUUAGGAACAUCUGGGAAGAAAAGACAAGGAGAGGGGAGUGGAAACCUUUCCGUACCCAAAAGGCUCCUCCUACAUAUGUGGAGUCUGCAUAGAAGCCUUACCUGUUUCUGUGACUUGAAUUUGGACUCUCAGUAGCACGAGACUCCUAGAUCAACAUUAUCAUUGUAUCAAAGUCUAGAUUUAAUUGCUCAUAAAAGAAAGUUAGAUCUAGAUUUAAUUAUUCAUAGACAUGCUGCUUACUUUUGUCCAAAGAAAUACAUGGUAUUGAAACUGUAGUUGAUUAAUUAUCAAGCCUUGACCAAUCUUA